UGAUCAUUAAUUCUGAUAAUUUUCAGUUAAAUAACAGUUAUUUUUACGCUGCUAAAGGGAAUUUGUAUGAUCGCAGUUACAAUAUGGCAGAACUUAAAGUUGAAGACGAUGAUGCUAAAAAUGGAAAUUCGUUUGAAGCAAUUGACACUUUGGUGCAUGAAUGUUUACAUCAAAAGUUAACAGAAGGAGUGGAAGUUGCCAGAACACCACGAGGCAUAAAGCUAGAUAGUUGUAAACGUGCACGGGAUCGUGCUAACAGACGACAGCAGAAAGGUCGGACAAUUACGAUAGAAAUGAAUUGUACUAAAAGACACGUUACAUUUGUAUGGGCUCUGUUAGAAUGUCUACUGUUCACUGGAUUAAUAUUCGGAUGGCCGUGGUUUUUGUCAACAUUACGUCGAAAUAAAUACUUUUUAGAUCUUUGUAACGUUACAUUACCCGACGAUGACGUACACAAAUUUCAUGAUGGAGAAGGGGAAAAUUCAUUAUUGAAACCUGGUGGAAUUCCAGAUUUCGACGGACAGAACGCUAAACCACGGAAAUGUCGUCGUCGUACCACGACAGUAGCAACAACCGAAAUUCCUGGUUCAAACUACGAUUCAAUGUUGAAUUAUACAUAUUUUUGUGAUGAACAAGAAGAGAAACUUGAACUGAUUCAUGCUGUCGUGUUUCUUGUGAGAAACGCAUUAGUUUUUCCAGUUGGAAUUUUCCUAGAUAUGUAUGGAACAACAAGAACUCGGCUUCUCACCAUAUUGAUUUUCAUCGUUGGGACACUUAUGAUGACAUUUUCAAAUGCAUCAUUUCCAUGGUUGAUAGUCCCUGCGUUUAGUAUGUUUUCUAUCGCUGGGUGUAUCAUCAUGCUGACAAAUCUGCAGACAUCCAAUUUGUUUGGUGAUAGACGGUAUACGGUCAUGUCAUCUUUAAUUGGUGCCUAUCAAGCAAGUGCCAUAGUGUUUUUAUGUAUAAAGUCAAUGAACGACAUACAGACAUCGUUUAUGUUUAUGACAAUGGGAGUAGUUCCAAUUUUAGUUUCCACAAUAGCCUUUCUUCCGAAAACAAAGGUUCCAUGGCCACUUCCUGCGGAUUACGGAGAUGGCAGAUCUGUAGCAGGAGGGAGUUCUACACGACAUCGACAGUCUACUUCAGAAGAUGGACGUAAAUGCUGCCUUAACUUGAUAACAUUUAAAUCGUCUGCGCUAUCGUCACUUUUUAUUUGGUCCGUGAUAUGGUAUGGUAUAUAUCAGCUCAGAGCCUUCACAUAUGAUAGUAAUUUAAGACUAAUGCUGAUAUCAUACGGAACACCACGGGAUGAAGUGUAUAAAUACAGUGAAUUAUUUGCAGCAGUACAAACAAUUUCCUUACCAGCGGGUCCUUUAAUUGGACUUUUGGUUGAUUGGAAACGUAGUAAUUCAUUUGCAGGAAAUCCGUUAAUUCUUCAGAUGAAAAAUGUACAGUUUAUAACAUUUGUGACAUUUGGAAUAGCUUUAGUGAAUAAUAUUUUAACAACUAUUCCUUCUAUUCAGUUACAAGUAGCGGGUUUUAUUUUACAAGCUAUAGAGAGAGUAGCAGUUAUGACAUCUAUUUGCGCUUUUUUAACACAUUUACAUUUUCCAGCUGAACAUUUUGGAAAAUUGAUUGGCCUUCAUUUUCUAUCUUCAAGUAUACUGUGUCUUCUCAGAUUUCCAUUCCAAACAUUCAUCAACACAUCAUUAAAAGGUGAUCCAUUUUAUAUCAACUUAUUAUUACUGGUGUUAUUGAUUUUAUCGUGUGGUCAUCCAUUUUUGAUAUGGUACCAUUGUAGAAUUGGACUAAUUAACAACAGUUCUUUGUCAAAUAGCAGUAAUGGUAGAGAACAGUUAGUUGUCACGAUUGAAGAUGAAAAUGAUAAUAAUCGUCGUAGUAUGAUUAGAUCUUAACAAACAUAUUCAUUAGAAAGAAUGGAAGGACUGGAGAAAACUUCUUUUACAUUUACAACAUUUAUUUGUAUGAAAAACCAUUGUUUCAGGCCGACAUGAUCAUUCGGGUAUAUUUUCUGCAGUCAGAGUAUAUCGAUGUGGUGAUUUCAAUGGUUGACUACAAAGAAGCUUUAUGACAUAAAACUGUAAUUUAACAUUUUUGUUUCUAUAAGAAGAUAAAAAUACAAAUAAUGGUAUUGAAUAUUGAAAUCAUAUCCACUCCCUAUUGACAAUGUCUGAAUGAAGCCAAACAACGAUAUGUAUUUUACAUUUUGUGCAAAUGUAUGUCUUCAGUUUCGUUUUAUUUAGUUUAAUGUAAAUGAAUAAAUAAAUAAAUACAAAUAUUGAAUAACAAGUGACAACUUCUUUCUAUGCUU